GACUGUUGCAGUGUUACUUCUAGUCAUUCUGGCCAGAAACUCUCACCAAGAUCCUCAGGCAAGCAGGCAACGAUCAGACGUCUACAUCGAUACAGACGCUUCACUGUAGCCAGCGCAUGGUAAGGAUAUUCUUUUGAGGGUGUUAAAGAGAGAAUUAAAUAAAUAAAAUAGAGGAUUGAAACCCAAGUAGUGGGUUUGCUUGUCAGCUGUAUUGUGUUUUUGAAGAGCUACAGCAGGUAGUCGUGAUUGUGGAUUUAUUUAGUAACUCAGGCGGACCCUUAUUUAGAAGUAGUUUAUUUCAGGUUGUCAAAAAUGUCCCUGCUCCAGGAUGAGUUAGAGCUCAGGGGACUCAUUUUUUAAAAAUAACUCAUUGGUGUGGAAAGAUGCCUUGGAAAAAGACCCUGAAAUAGCACAUAAAAAAAGAUAUAUUAACAGGAAACAGUCCCCUUUAUGUCAUACCUUACAUAAGGUAAAGUUUAUUCAUAUAGCCCAAUAUCAUGGGGUUGUCAUUGCAAGCUUGCAAUAAAACACACAGCAAACACUUUAUUACGAUAAAAGUGUGAGACAUCUCUGGAAAGCCAUUUGUGAUUCCAAGACCAAAGCGAUUGGCAGACAUCCCUGUGCUGUACGUACAGAGUGUUGAAAUACUCAGAUGAUGAAAUUCACCCUUGGGGCGUGAUUUCAUCACAAAUGUUUUAGUUCUUAAAAUAUUUUUAAAAGUACACGCUGAGCAAAGCAGCGUGCUGGGACUUUCUUCUCUGGGAUGUACUUACAUUAAUGUGUGUGGCUAGCCCAUGUUGUUUUUAUAGACUACGGCACGAUUCUCUCCUUUGUUUCCCUUCUUAAAUAAAUCCUUCUGUUAAUGCCACAAACUUGAAUUCAUCAGGAAACAGGAUUUUUUUUUCCUCAAUCGUCAGUUGUGAAACAUUGGUAAUGGUUUUAUCCAGUCCAAAGAGUUUAGCCUUGUUUAGCGUCAGGCCAUUUUUUGACAGUACUUUUUUUCCCCUAUUUUCUAUUUGGGACCCUCUGUCUUUGAUAAAAUUAAUUUGUAACUUUCAUGUCUAAGUGAAAAAACAUAUCAAUCUGCUGAUAGCGUGACUACUUCUGACCUGUCUGGUUGUUCUUUAGAUACAUCUGGUUAUCAUGCAACUAGAAAAGUAAUUUGACACUUUCACCUACUUAUGAUCCAAGUCCCACUACCACAAGGCUGCUUAGUGAGCAAUGUUUUGCUGUACCAGGCAGUGACAUGCAAGUUGAAAUCUGACAUUGUGGUCAGAUCAUAAAUUAUCUUUGAUUUGAUUAGUAGUCUGUAAAAUUCAUUGUACCCCUCAUAAUCUCUGGUGGUUUUAAAUGUUAAUCCAAGCAUCAGAUUUCCUGACGAUUUCCAGGCCUACGUGGAACUGUGACCCCGCUGUAUAUACUGUAUGUGGAAGGCUUUUACUUAAGCUCUGGUUCUCCUCAGUCUUCCACAUGUCAACCAAGUCAACAGACCUUCAGCCUAAUCACAGAAAUCAACUACUGUUAUGGACAUUGAGUUUUAUAAAUAGUAGCUAAGUACCAGAGAAUUUCUAAUAAUACAUUGUCUGCUAUCAGAAGAAGAGCACAGUAAUAGUGUUAGCCAUAUUGCAGCUUUAAUAACACAUCACGGCAUCAGAAACCUCCUGCUAGUUCUCCUCUUUAUUUUACACCACACAGUCACUGUACUGUCUCUUAACACACAGAUGUUUUUUUUUUCUCAUCUGGGGAAAUAUGUACAGUGUACAUUAAAUGCACAUUAACUAUAAUCUCCAAAGUUGGCAAAUAAAUGAGGAUCUGGAUUUUCAACUUAAUCGCGACGUCCCACUGUAAAGUCUUGUCGGCGCUGUGUUUUAAUACAGAGGGAUAAAGGACAGGCGGCCAGAUAAACAGAGCGACUGCUGGUGCGUUUUUCCUGCGCUUCAGCCCAGAUCUGCAUGUUAGCAUCUGCCAAGCCUACGUUAUUCCAGCACGUGGGCUGCUACUGGACAGAAAGGGGAGGCUGCAAAAGUGUGUGUGUGUGUAUGAGUGAGCAGACAGUGUCACUGUUUUAUGUUGCUCGAUGUGGACCUUGAAGAGGGAGAAAAAUGUUUCGAAGGUCUCCUAGGUGCAGAGCUGGACAUUUUGACUUCAGUGAGGAAGUUGUCAACAGAGCACACCUCUCAGCUCCAAGUUUUGAAGGGGAGAAUGGCCCAUCAGUGUGCUGCAGCCCAUCAGACCCUCAGGCAUCCCCAGGUUCAGGUCUGGUUCUUCAUCCCAAUUUGGCAGCUUACGGCCAGCGGCGGGAGUCCUUCCUGUACCGCUCUGACAGCGACUAUGAGCUAUCACCAAAAUCCUUAUCCCGAAAUUCUUCCAUCGUUGGAGAAUUACAUGGAGAAGACUUGAUUGUGACACCGUUUGCCCAGGUUCUGGCAAGUCUUCGGACAGUUAGGAACAACUUCACCACCUUGACAAAUGUACAGUGUGUAUCUAAUAAGAGGUCUCCCGCUACAAAUCAGCCCCAUGUCACCAAAGUGUGCCUGUCAGAUGAGUCCUACCAGAAACUGGCUAUGGAAACCAUGGAGGAGCUGGACUGGUGUCUGGACCAGUUGGAGACCAUCCAGACCUACCGGUCUGUCAGUGACAUGGCCUCCAACAAGUUCAAGAGGAUGCUGAACCGGGAGCUAAGCCACCUGUCUGAGAUGAGCCGAUCAGGCAACCAAGUGUCAGAGUACAUCUCCAGCACCUUCCUAGACAAGCAGAAUGAGUUGGAGCUUCCGUGUCCAGUUCCAAAGCCGAGGGAAAGAAAGAGGAGGCAGGGCCAGCAGCAGCAGCAACAGCAGCAGCAACACGGUGGGAUGAUGACACAGAUCAGUGGGGUGAGAAAAGUCAGCCAUACAUCAAGUAUCUCGGGAGGUACUGGAAAUCGCUUUGGAGUCAAGACGGACCAGGAGGAAUUGUUGUCAAAGGACCUGGAACACAUCAACAGAUGGGGCCUGAAUAUUUUCAAAGUGGCUGAGCAUUCUCACAAUCGACCUCUCACAUGCGUCAUGUACACCAUCUUCCAGGAGCGAGACCUGAUGAGGACGUUCAAGAUUCCAACGGACACCUUUGUGACGUUCAUGCUGACCCUAGAGAGCCACUAUCACUCCGACGUGGCGUACCACAACAACCUCCACGCUGCCGACGUAGCCCAGUCCACACACAUCCUCCUGUCCACCCCUGCAUUAGAUGCGGUCUUCACUGAUCUGGAGAUCUUGGCAGCCAUUUUUGCAGCAGCCAUUCACGACGUGGACCACCCAGGAGUCUCCAACCAGUUCCUAAUCAAUACAAACUCUGAGCUGGCCCUGAUGUACAACGAUGAGUCAGUGCUGGAAAAUCACCACCUGGCCGUGGGCUUCAAACUGCUGCAGGAAGAAAAUUGCGACAUCUUCCAAAACCUCUCCAAGAAGCAGAGGCAGACGCUCCGGAGGAUGGUCAUAGAAAUGGUUUUGGCAACCGACAUGUCUAAACACAUGAGUCUGCUGGCGGAUUUGAAAACGAUGGUGGAAACCAAGAAGGUCACCAGCUCUGGUGUCCUGAUGCUAGACAACUACACAGACAGGAUGCAGGUUCUCCGUAACAUGGUUCAUUGUGCAGACCUGAGCAACCCCACCAAACCUCUGGAUCUGUACCGGCAGUGGACUGACAGGAUCAUGGAUGAGUUCUUCCACCAGGGAGACAGAGAGAGGGAGAGGGGGAUGGAAAUCAGCCCAAUGUGUGACAAACACACAGCUUCAGUAGAGAGGACUCAGGUUAGCUUCAUUGAUUACAUAGUGCACCCUCUGUGGGAGACGUGGGCUGACCUGGUCCAUCCCGAUGCCCAGGACAUCCUGGAUACACUAGAGGACAACAGGAACUGGUACCAAAGCAUGAUCCCCCAGAGCCCCUCACCUCCUUUCUACACCAGUGAUGGAGAAGGAGGACCUCACGGGGAGGUGGAAGGGCGGCCUGUAGCGAGUAAAUUCAAGUUCGAUCUAACGCUGGAUGACCAGGAAGGACAAGGUGAAGACAGUGGAAUGAUGGACACAGCUGACAGUUGUGACAAUGUGACAUUACAGCAUCUUCCCUGUGAUCAGGAAGGGGCAGAAAUGACAACACAUGACGGCUCCCCGGAGGAAACAUAGCUUAACCGGUGGUGUUCUUGGAGCGUAGCACGUUUUUGGUGAAUUCAUUUUAUUGCAGUGGAGCAAUCCUGCAAUUUGGCUCUGGCGGGAGCUGCUUGGCAAAGAGGGCCUGACUGAAUGUGGGGCACCCCUGCGAACGAGGCUUGGAAACCCUGCGGUAGUUUGUCUUUGAGCCCCCCUGGAAGGGAGCUGGAAGAGUGUAGGCUCUGUUCUUUACAGAAGGGACUACUGUUGGACUGCAGAGCCUAACCUGGGUUCUUUCAGGCAGAGAAUGUGAAGUGGACGUAUGAAUCCGUGUACUGGGACAAGUCUAAAUUUCAAACUUGCACUUCAGGACAUUUUUUUUUAAAUGUUCAUUUAGAUUCUUUGUAUCGUGUCGAGAUUGGAUACGACCCUAUAUUGUCCAACCACAGCUACUGGUCAGCGAGUUAUUUCUAACCCAGUGGUGUUUUUUUAACACUUGUCUAAAAAGAGUAGUGUGCCUUUUUUUACAAGUGUGUGUUUUUGUAAGUUUUUUUUUUUUUUAAAUAAUUUAUUGAACACAUUCAUGUAGCUGUGUGUCAGAUUUUCUACAAACGGACAUAGCUGUCUCACACAGUCUUCCUGAUGUUCUGGCAAUAGUAUAAGCUUGUUCUUCACUAAUGGAUGUAUAUUAUAAAAAAAUCAGCUGACUUCCCAGCACGAUUUGCACUUUGUGGCACACACAGUUAAACCAAGACAAAGACAGCAUCUGUAACUUAAAGGAGAGACCAUAGCAAGCAUGUCAAACCAAAUAAUUUGAUUUGAUUUAUCCAAAUAAGUAACUGCGUAAGCAAUUAAAUGACUCAUAGGCUAGAUUUCGUAAAAGAGGAAAAACCUUUCUUUUUUCUUUUUUGUAGAACAAAAACCAAAACUCCAAAGAUCCUGUAAGGAAAGCACUUUGUUGGAUUCACUGCCACCCCUCAAAAGAAUGAUCGCAUUUCCAAAGAGUAAAUGGUGUGACAAGUCAAACUUCCGAGCGGCGGCGGGAUUGAUUCCCACUCACUUAAAGCCAGUUACAGACUAAAUUCUCACUACAAUCUUCCAAGAUUAAAGUGGAAAAGAAAAUAUUUCAUAACCCAGUUGCGUUUAAGCCCCAUCCAGUGUGGAAAAACCGUCUCCGCCCUGUAAUUCCCCUUUUCAUUGCCUCACACAACACACCUGUUGUGGUUAGCAGUAUUCUCAUGAAUAGGCUGACUCAUUUUGAACUUUGAAUGACUUCAAGGCUGAACGCGCAGUUUCAGAAACACCUGUCAGUAAUGGAAUAAUUGAAUCUUGUAGUUUUUCAUUGCAGCACUUUGAAUACGUCGACAGUUAUGCAGCUGGUUGCUGAUCUGUCCAAACACUUCCUUAGAGGUACCACGUUGUAUCGUCAUAAUACGGGGAGAUCGGUUUCAUGUUUCACGAUGUGUCAUUCUUCUCCUGUGUGUGUGUGCGUGUGCGUGUGUGUGUGUGUGUGAGGAUGCGAGAGUGUAUUUAAGUGGUCACAGAGUUGCACAGUCGUGUUGCACCCAACUGUGUUGUGCUGACCCUUAAGCUGUUUGUAACAGUGUAUUUAUUACAUUUUCUUGUAUAUGUUAAUACUGAAUUGAUAAUAUUCGCUGUAUAUUUGUUAUUUAUAUGCACUACCACGUGUCAAAUGACAGUUUGACUGAACUCGUUUGUUGGUUCAUCCGUGUAUAGCAAGGUAUUUUGCUAUGAGGCCAUAGCAUAAAGUUAUGCAGGUCAGUUUUGACGAUUUGAAAAGUAUGUUUCGUUUGAAAUUCCAGCCAGAAGUGUUUGUGCAGUGGGAGCCAGCAGCGCUUCAUACGAGGCGCAGCAGAAGCUUUUUUAGUCCUUUUGUUCCUGGCGAAGGCUGGAUAUUUACUGCAGCAUAAUGUGUACGGUGACAGGUCAUUGUACAGCUAUAAGAAUAUUUGCUGAAAUUUAUACCAUUGUUUCAAAUGUAUUUUUUCAGUGUUUUCUUCACAGUAUACUGUAAAACGGUCUAUGUUGUGCUCAGCAAAUGUUUUCUAUCAGAUUAUUAAAACGGGCAUGUAUAACAGA